AUGAACGCGGUCAGUAUUGGGGAGUACCAUGGGCUGCGGGUGGGCUCGGCCCUGCUCAGCAUUGUAGCAGGUUGUAUCAUCAUUGGUGUGUCGAAGGACUGUGAUGCAGAUGCAGUGGGGGGCAUCUUCCUUGGGGCAGGGGGGCUUGGUCUCCUCAUUGCAGUCUACCCGUUCAUAAAAGUGUGGUUCAACAUCCAUCACAUACUCCCCAACAUAGGCAACUUCAGAGUGCACCCGAUGGCUACAAAUACAAAUCCAGCUCCUGAACAACCCGUAGCUACACUCACGCGAGAGGGGACUCAAAGCCAGCUUAACGUAGAGCGUUCGAAGAGCCGGAUGGGGACAUUUGUGGAGACAGCAGCUUCUACAGCAGCUGAGGGCUCACAGGAUGAUGGCCCUUCUGCAGAUGUUCCAGAUAUCUUGGGAAGGCGAAAGUUUAAGUCACCAUCUUCUGAUCAAGACCCUUUAUAACGGCUGGAUCCAAUGGAUUCUAAUUAAAGAGCAAACUGUAUUCAUUUCACAGUAAACAAGCCUGAUCUCUGCUAACCGCUCAUUAUGGUAUCGCAUUCGAUUUCACUCGUUCAAACAAGGUGUCUUUACUAAUAUUAAAAAAGUCAUUCCAAACCUGUAUGCCUUUAUUUCUUCUCUGGAAAAUAAAAGUAGAUAAUGAAAAGAAUGUUUGAGCAUGUUUGAACAUUUUAAGGUAACACUUUACUUGAAGCCUUUAUGUAAUACAUCAUAAUAAUGGAUUAUAAAGGUAUUCAUAAUGUAUGUUAUAAUGCAUUAUAUAUUUUCAUAAAUAAUGAGGUAAAAUGCAUCAUGAUGUUUGGAGAUUCCUUGUUUAUCUACAAAUCUGAAAUUGGUAGUUUGUCACGUGUUUUAAUGUAUUACAUUUCCUCAGGGUGUAACAAUGAGAAUUAUAAUGCAUUAUAACUUGUUACAAUUAUUAAUGAGUUCACAGUGCAUUAUAAUGUGCAUUUCAAGCCAUAAUUAAUGCAUUAAAAUAUUUUACAAUGAAUGAUAUAUAUAAAUUAUUAAAUUACCCAUUUUGAUAAUCUAAAUCAAUUUUGUCGACAAUAAAGAUACUUUUUCUGAACUGGAAAGGUUCCAUAAAUGUUAAAGUUUCUUCGUGGAAACAUACAUUGCUUUAUUUUUUACCUUUACAUUUUUACCAUACAUUACCUUUAUUUUUUGAAUAUAGAGUAUGAGUAUGAGUACUUCUCAAAAGUAUUUCUCAAAAUAUUUCCUUUUGUGUUCUACAGAGGAAAGACUAUCAUACAGGUUUGGAGCAACAUGACAGAAUCUUAAUUUUUCGGUGAACUAUUGCUUUAUGAUUUUUUGUGUCUAUGAUGGUUUGCAUUUUUGGUUAUCUGUUAGUUUUGAAUUGAUUUCUGAAUUCAUGAUAGCACACCUUAGACGUAGUCUUUAAUAUUUUAAUCAGUUAGAAUGCACGUAAAACGUAAGAUUAAUUUAGCAGAUGCUUUUAUAAAAUGUAGUUGUAACUGUUUAAACUGUAAUUAUUACCUUAUAAUCUUAGUCUUAUCUAGGUCUUAUUUCCAACAGUUUUGUUGUCACGUCAUUACACACAAAUAAACACUUGUUUUCCUGA